AUGCUGUCGGCUCGGCUCCCGCUCCUGCUCCUCGGACUGACGGCCUUCCUGUCUGUCCAGCUGCUGAUCCUGGUUCAGACCGACCGUCGCUACGAAGGUCCACGUCGUCCGACAAGAAUGUGAGCUCGUUCUGAGGAACCGCAAUAUAUUUUUUGGUGUUGUAUAAAUCCUCGUGGGCAUGAGUGUGCCAAGAUCACGUUCUAUGAUAACAUUAUAGUGGUUAUAUAGUAAUUUUUCUUAUUCAUACAUGGUUCUUCCAAACUUAUCUUUACAAAUCUUAUCAAUCUUAGGCUUCUAAUCAAAACUGAGAGCAGAAAGCGUUUCAGUUUGCAGGGAAAUUUCGUAAAAAGAGAGAAAAUCUGAAAUUAUCUUUGGGGAACUCGAAGAUUCGAAUAUGAAAAUUUCGAAAGCGUAAACUCUGCCGAUUUGCGAACGCAUACAGGAUAACUUCAAUCUCUUCUCGAAAAAUCAGAGUUUUUUUAAGAAGUAAUCAAAAAAAUAAACAGGGCUUGUAAUUGAAAGAAAGAAACUUUUUUUCAGUUUAAUUUGGUUUUUGUUUUUUUAAAUUUUGAAUAGAGCGUAUAAUUUGGGCUUUGCAAAGACUUCUAUGCUCGGUAAUUUUUUUAACCAGUAAUGAAAAAGUUAAAUUUCAAAAAGUUAUUCUUUGCAUUCAUUUGGAAACUUUUUCCUACCAGUAUCUUAAUUGAAGUUAAAGGAAUCUACAAUAUCAUUAUAAUAUAUAAAUGACCAACCUCAAAACUUGAAGCAGGCAAGCCUUGAACAGUUUUGGAUUUGUCUUCUAUACAUUUGUAGAUCUUUGUUUCUUCAGAGGUCGCCCAAAACUGCCGACGGCUCUAAUAAUUGGAGCGAGGAAAGGCGGGACGCGAGCUCUACUCGACGGGAUCGCCCUGCAUCCAAAAGUGAGAAUCGUUCGUCGCGAGACCCAUUUCUUCGACGCCAACUACACGCUCGGCGUCGAGUGGUACACCAAACUCAUGCCAAAAGUUCUUGACGAUGAGGUUCGUGGUCACUUCCAGAACUCCUCAUCACAAUCAAGUUCAGAUAAUAAUUGAGAAAACCCCAGCCUAUUUCUCGAGUGAAGUAGCGCCACAUCGAGUUUUCGAACUGAAUCAAUGGAUGAAGCUGGUUAUAAUUGUGCGGCAUCCCACACAACGUGCAAUAAGCGACUUCACGCAGGUUACACACUUUACGAUCAAGGUGCAACGAGCUCUUGGUUUUCAGGUAUACCACAACAAGUUGGACUUGAACAAGACCUUGCCUGACCUGAAGAAGGAGGCGUUCCGUCGGACUGGCGGCGAUGUCGAAGAGCUCAACACGGACUACAAGCCAAUCCGCAACUCCCUCUACGACGUCCACAUGAGCAACUGGCUCAAGUACUUCCCGCUCCGCCAGUUUCUCAUUCUCAAUGGAGACGUCUUCAGGGCGAAUCCGCUUCGUGAGGUACCUGCUUUAUUCCAUUUUCCCAUUUUCAAGAAAUUCUUCCAACUAAGCUUUCUUAAAUCUUCGUUCUUCAGCUCCGACGACUUGAAACCUUCUUGGACCUGGAACCGCGAAUCUCGCCGACGCAACUGGUGUUCAACCCCCGAAAGCGGUUCUUCUGCUUCCGACGCGACCGCAGCGAACGAUGUCUCGGCGAAUCGAAAGGCCGACGACAUCAGCGCGUCGACGCGACCCUUCAGUCGCGACUAACAGACGCCUUCCGACCUCACAACGCCAAGUUCUUUGCCCUCGUCAACCGAACAUUCCUUUGGGAUUGA